CUUUCCGCUCUCGUAUCCUCGUCCGUGUCUCCGUCCGGGUUUCGGGUUCCGAUUCGAUUUUCGUCCAAGUUUCAAGUGGUCCGGCCUUCUACUGUAUUAACAUACGUUGAUUCGGUCCAUCAUGUCUGCAAAAGUAUACGUUGGUAACUUGAGCUGGAAUACAACGGAUGAUUCCCUCCGUGCAGCGUUCUCGCAAUAUGGCAACAUUCUCGACUCGAUCGUGAUGCGCGAUCGCGAUACCGGCCGUAGCCGUGGCUUCGGGUUCGUCACCUACAGCAGUGGCAUGGAGGCCCAGUCCGCCAUCACAGGCCUCAACGAGCAGGAGCUCGACGGCAGGCGCAUCAAGGUCAACCUCGCCAAUGCCCGCGGCGGCGGCGGCGGAGGAGGUGGAGGUUACGGUGGCAACUCUGGUGGGUAUGGUGGAGAUUACUCUGGUGGCGGAGGCGGCUACAGUGGAGGUCAGUAUGGCGGCUACGACCAAGGUGGCUACGGCCAACAGCAAGGCGGCUAUGGUGGAGGAGGCUACGGUGGCGGCUACGGUGGAGGAGGCUAUGGCGGUGCUCCGCAAUACUGAGCACGCAUUGUGUCUCAAUCCCGCAUCCAAGAUGCUUUCCUUUUCCAUGCUUGUCCUUGUUCUCUUUUCCAUCGAUGAUCGUUCUCGUCCUGUGUAUUAUCGCUCUUCUUGACCCACUCAUCCACUUCGAUCUUUACUCUUGCCCCUCGUUUCUGGUAGCGUGCGUCGUCUUCGUCCGGGUCGUCCUCCCCUGUCUCAUUGGCGGACUCUGGUGUUCCCACAAUCCGGCUGUACUUGUAUGGUUGCAUUUUCCACGUUGUGUCCAGUCCUCGUAUAUCCCGCUGCUACUGCUACCACUCUCGCGGUCCGUUUGUUUUCCCUGAUGGUCUGUAGUGCCCGCGACGG